ACCUUGAAUUUUAGUGCAAUGACCAAUUAAGGUUAUAGUCGUUUUCUUGACCUUGAAAAAGAUAACAAUGACCAAUAAAGACACAGAAAAGCACACUAACUUUAUGAAAAACAUAAAAUCACCAAUUUCAAGUCAAAUUUUAAUUUUUUCACCGUUUUGAGGUUAGGUUGUCAUGACACCGACCCGACUCAGCAACUUGAUAUUGUUAAGCCCCCUCUGGAUACGCCAAUGCCUCCGUUAUCAGCGUUUAUGAUCUAAUACAAUAACUAUGAGUAAUAGCGAAUAAAUUCUAGUUCUAGCCCUAGUACAUGCCUGCUAGAUCAGCCCAAUUCGAAAUCAACAAAGUGAAAUUUCGUCGACCCAUCGCCGUUUCCGCCCAGAUGGGUCGAUCACGUGACCACCACCACGUGCAAAUUUGGUUUGGUCGUCAGCCCGCCUGAAAGCAGCAGCCGCGGACGUGUCGUCGAGCCCGAAGUGGCGUCCCAUUCGUAGUGCAACAAGUGAGGGGCGGUGUUCUCUCUUCUCUUUCAAUUUCCGCUGUUUUUAUUUCGGAAAAUCGGUGAGUUUUCACAUUGUGUUGGUUUUCCGGCGUUUCCGCACCACGUGACUGCGACAGGAAUCGAUUGGAGAAGCGCCACCCUGGGGGAAAAUCACCGUUUUAGCAAAAUGGCCGACACCAGUUUCAUAAAAGACCUGCCUUCGGGCCCCCUCGACGCCUACCGCGAUCGUGCGACCUUCGACUGGAAAAAAAUGAAACUUUUUUUCGAAGACCCCGAUUUACUCAAAGUCAAAAUGCGAGUAUGGGAAACUCUGGAAAAAGACCCAAUUUUCCAGAAACCCAAAACCGAAUUAAACUCGGAGGAAAUGAAGCGUCGAGCGGCCCUCCAACUCCGAAAAUACUGUCAAUUGAGUUUCGUAACCCCGGAAAUGGCCAACUUACCAUACAAGCGCAAGACGCGCUACAUGAUGACAAUAAACGAGGCGUUAGCCGUGACUUUCCCCGACGUCUCCGUCAAACACGCCAUAGGACUUGGGUUGUUUAAGAACACACUUACCACCCUAGGGACGGAAAGACACAAAAAAGUGCUGGACGCCGCCUGGAGCGGGAAGAUUCUCUCUUGUUUAGCCUUGACAGAAAUCGCGCAUGGUAGCAACACGAAACAAAUGCGUACCACGGCCACCUUUGAUAAAAAUAGUCAAGAAUUCGUGAUAAACACCCCGGAUUUCGAGGCGGCGAAAUGCUGGGUGGGCAAUCUGGGCAAGACUUGUACCAUUGCCCUCCUCUUCGCCCAAUUGCACACCAAUGGGCAAUGCUAUGGGUUGCACGCGUUCGUGGUGCCCAUCAGAGACCCCAAGACUCUUCUACCAUACCCCGGGAUCGUCGUGGGCGACAUGGGCGAGAAAAUCGGCCUCCAUGGUAUCGACAAUGGGUUCAUCAUGUUCCAAAACUACCGAAUCCCGCGGGAGAACCUCCUGAAUCGCACGGGGGACGUCACCCCCGAGGGGGAGUACAAGAGCAGCUUCUCCGAGCCGGGGAAAAUCCUGGGGGCCGCUUUGGAGAACCUCUCCACCGGGAGGGUGGGGAUCAUGCAAGAAAGUGCGAAUAAUUUGGUGUGUGCGGUUACGAUUGCGGUGAGGUACGCCGUUGUGCGAAAACAGUUCGCCAAGAGCCCCGACGAACGAAGCGAGUUGCCUAUUAUUGAGUACCAAUUGCAUCAAUGGAGGGUUUUCCCAUAUGUGGCGGCCGCCGCUGUUUUGAAGAUUUUUGUCGCGGGAUUCACCGAUGAGUAUUUGGCGACGGUCCAAAAGUCCACUUCGGCCACGCAAAUCGAGGAUUUGACGAGCGUCGUGGCCGAGAUCCACGCUGUGGUCUCCAGUGCUAAGCCCCUGAUCACGUGGGUGUGUCGAGACGCGGUCCAGGAGUGUCGUGAGGCAUGUGGGGGCCACGGUUUUCUCAAAUCGGCCCGAUUCGGGGACUUGCGGGGGGCUAUAGACCCCUGUGUCACCUACGAGGGGGACAACAACGUUUUGGGGCAACAGGCGAGCAAUUGGUUGGUGAGACAGUGGGAGAAAAUGAGGGGUGAGGAGGAGUUGUGCUCCCCCUUGGGGACUUGUGCGUUUUUCCAACACUCGGGGGAGAUUUUGAAACGGAAGUUCGGUUUGGAGAGGGUGCAGGAGGUUCUCGAUUUGAACUUUYUSCACMCGUGUUACGAGUGGUUGAUUACAUACCUAGUGGGGGAAACUUACAACAAACAACAGAAAUUGCUAAAAAGGGGCUUUUGUAAAACGGAAGCUCGGAAUAAGUCUCAGGUUUAUUGCGCGUCAGUCCUAACGCGAGUUUACGCCGAAUACAACGCAUUUAGAUUUUAUUGCAAAGAAUUAUCAAGGUCCGAAAAGUCCCUACAGGACGUUUUGGGGCACUUAGGGCUUCUCUACGGCUUGGUCAAUGUGGAUAAAUACUCCUCCUAUUUCUACCAAGGGGGUUUCACAAACACUCCCACUUUUUCCCAUUUAAUCAAAGAAGGCGUUCUCGAGUUGUGUGACAGAUUAAAAGACAAUAUUUUGGGGGUAAUUGACGCCAUGGCGCCCCCCGAUUACGUCGUCAAUUCAGUUCUGGGCAAGUCGGACGGAAAGCUGUACGAAAACCUCCAAGCUGCUAUUAUGGGAAACCCCGACUCGAUGACACGUCCGCAUUGGUGGAGAGAGAUAAUCGUACCUGAUGCUCCCGAUUUUAAACAGCCAAAGAGUAAAUUGUGAAAGGCCGAUAUUUUAAACGCAAAUACUUAUAUUUGUAUAGAAAUAUUUUUAUAAUACACCGUUAUUGCAUUUUAUUGUGAUAACAAGCAAUCCA